CGAAACUCAAUUCUCCGGUGUCUUUCCGCAUAUUUUCUCUUGUUAGUAGCGUUUUCCCACCCGUUUAAAUACUCUCUUUGAUUCAAUUUCCUCUCCCCCCCGAGGAAGAUAGAUCCGCGAGGCUGCGACUUGCGAGCUCGACAGAUUAGCAAUGGGAAUUCCGGCUUUCUAUCGGUGGUUAGCUGAGAAGUAUCCAAUGGUGGUGGUGGAUGUAAUCGAGGAAGAAUCAGUUGUCAUUGAAGGAGUUAAGAUUCCGGUGGAUACAAGUAAAUCCAACCCUAACAACAUCGAAUACGAUAACUUGUAUCUCGACAUGAAUGGGAUUAUUCACCCUUGCUUUCACCCCGAAGACAGACCUUCCCCAGCCUCUUUCGAAGAAGUAUUCCAGUGCAUGUUUGACUACAUUGAUAGACUGUUUGCGAUGGUGAGACCUCGAAAGUUGCUAUACAUGGCAAUUGAUGGUGUUGCUCCUCGAGCUAAAAUGAAUCAGCAAAGAUCUAGGCGUUUUAGGGCAGCCAAAGAUGCAGCAGAUGCGGAGGCAGAAGAAGCAAGGCUAAGAGAGGAGUUUGAGAGGGAGGGCAGAAGGCUGCCUCCUAAAGAGGGUUCACAGGUUUUUGAUUCCAAUGUUAUCACUCCUGGAACUGAAUUUAUGGUUGUCCUGUCAAUUGCGCUGCAGUACUACGUUCAUCUUAGACUAAAUUAUGAUCCUGGCUGGAAAAAAAUCAAGGUUAUUCUUUCUGAUGCAAAUGUUCCUGGUGAAGGGGAACACAAGAUUAUGUCAUAUAUUCGUCUUCAGAGAAACCUUCCUGGAUACAAUGCAAAUACACACCAUUGCCUGUAUAGUUUGGAUGCUGAUCUGAUUAUGUUCGCUUUGGCUACCCAUGAAGUUCAUUUCUCGAUUCUUAGAGAGGUUGUUUUCACACCUGGCCAACAAGUCAAAUGCUUCCUAUGUGGUCAAAUGGGUCAUUUAGCUGCAGAUUGUGAAGGAAAGGAAAAGACGAAGGCGGGAGAAUUUGAUGAGAAAGGUGAUGAAAAUGUGGUAAAAAAACCAUACCAGUUUGUCAAUAUUUGGACUCUCAGAGAGUAUCUGGAGUAUGAAAUGAGACUUCCUAACCUUCCAUUUGAGGUCGAUUUAGAAUGCAUUGUGGAUGAUUUUAUAUUCAUGUGUUUCUUUGUUGGCAAUGAUUUUUUGCCGCAGGUGCCCACAUUGGAGAUUCGUGAGGGUGCAAUCAACUUGCUGAUGGCAGUAUACAAGAAGGAAUUUAGGACAAUGGGUGGUUAUCUGACUAAUGCAAGCAAGCCAAAUUUGAGCAGGGUGGAGCAUUUUAUUCAAGCAGUGGGAUCAUAUGAAGAUAAAAUAUUUCAGAAAAGAGCUCGCUUGCACCAGCGGCAGUCAGAAAGAAUCAAGUGGGAAAAGUUACAGGCAAGAAGGGGAGAAGAUGUAGAGCCUCAAGUUCAACCUGAGUCCUUGGUUCCAGUUGGUCGAUUUCAUGGUUCUCGUCUUGCUUCUUCUCCUUCACCUUCACCAUUUCAGCAGAGUCUAGAGAGCUCAAUUUCUAUUAGAAAAGAAACCCAGCUUGGACAGUCUGCAGAUGUUCGGGCCUGUAAAGUUUCAUAUUUGUCUUCAUCAGCCAAUGUUGGUACUGCCAUUGUUGAGGCAGAGAAUAGUCUGGAAAUAGAAGUUCAUGAAAACAAAGAAGAAUUGAAAACUAAGCUUAAGGAAAUACUUCGUGAGAAGAAUGACAUUUUUAACUCAAAAAAUCCGGAAGAAGACAAGGUAAAAUUGGGAGAGCCAGGAUGGAAGGAAAGGUAUUACGAAGAAAAGUUUUCUGCAAAAACUCCCGAGGAACUUGAAGACAUACGAAAGGAUGUUGUUUUGAGGUACACUGAGGGGCUAUGUUGGGUCAUGCACUAUUACUAUGAAGGAGUUUGCUCUUGGCAGUGGUUUUACCCCUAUCAUUAUGCACCCUUUGCUUCUGACCUCAAAGAUCUAGAUCAGAUGAACAUUCAGUUUGAGCUAGGCUCCCCAUUCAAGCCAUUCAAUCAGCUUUUAGGAGUUUUUCCUGCUGCAAGUGCCCAUGCUCUUCCUGUACAUUAUAGAAAAUUGAUGACUGAUCCAAAUUCGCCUAUUAUUGAUUUUUACCCUACUGAUUUUGAAGUGGACUUGAAUGGAAAACGGUAUGCAUGGCAGGGUAUUGCAAAGUUGCCCUUCAUCGAUGAAGGCUGCCUUCUUGCAGAGGUCAAAAAGAUCGAACAUACACUAACGGAGGAGGAAUCAAGGAGAAACAGUGUGAUGUUUGACAUGCUUUUUGUGUUAUCAUCUCAUUCUCUUGCUGAGAGUAUAUAUUUACUUGCUAAUCACUGUAAACAAUUAACGGAAAAAGAACGAGUUGAAGUCGAGGAACGUAUUAAUCCUGAGUUGAGUGAUGGGAUGAAUGGUUAUAUAUCCCCUUGUUCUGGAGAUACUCAACCUCCUAUAUUCAGGUCUCCUAUUACAGGGAUGGAAGACAUUUUGCACAACGAAGUCAUAUGUGUUAUAUACAGGCAUCCUGACCCACAUAAACACAUAACCCGACCACCUGCUGGGGUCAUAUUCCCUAUGAAGAUGGUAAAUGCUGGCUAUCUGAAACCUGCACCUGUUUUGUGGCAUGAAGAUUCUGGAAGGAGGCCUUGGGAAAGGCAUACCCCCCCUGGAUCCAACUCUGGCCAUCAGCUUGGGGAGGCAUCACAUCGACUUGUUGUUAAUAGUUUACAAUUAAAGGUGGGUCGCAAUGGGUAUGCCAAUCAUUUGCAUACCCCACCCCCACCUUAUGCUGCUGCCCCACAUGUCCCAUCACAUUAUUCCUAUUCAAAUGGGUUGCAUGAUACAGGACGACGUGGAAAUGUGCAACCUAGAAUGGAUUAUUCUAAUGCUAGUCACCACAGAGCUUUAAAUCCUACUCCAUCUAACCAUGGCUAUGGUCAGCCCUAUGCUUCAUCAGGUGCCAACCCCCAUUAUAAUGGGGCUCACCCUCAAUAUGAAAGAGAGAAACGAUCAAGUGGACUGCAUUUAGGGCAGAUGUACCACCCACAAGAAUUUAUUCCGAGUGGUGGACAACAGCACCUGCGAGGUUCUGUCACGCAAACAUCAUCUCGGGCCACUAUGUAUGCUUACCAAGGUGGUUAUGAUGACUUUCAGGGCUAUCAAUCACCUGGAGGUGGUAGUCAACAGUGGGGUGGUGGUUUCCCUACACUGGUUAAUCAGAAUGUUCCCAGAGGUUAUAAUCACCCCCCAACAAAGGGGUAACUGAUAUUCUGCAUUAGACACGAGGAAGUAGGAUACCACCAUCUGGUGCCAGUGGGCUAGUUGGGAGGCCACCCCACCAACCACCUCAUGGGGUAGUAAAUAGGAGGCCAAUGCAGCCAUCACCUGGUGGAGCUAGUAGGUUUCACUGACCAGUGACCACCGCCACCUAGUAAUGGAAAUAGGGGGCCUAGGCCUCCACCAGGUUGUGGUAAUAAGAUGCCACUGCCAGCUGAGUAUGGCCAUGAUAGGAUUAUUUGUCAUCACAGGAAGCUUACUGUCCAAAGCUGUACAACAUUUAGUUUUAGGGGUCUUCAUUUCCCAUUUCAUUGCAUAAUUUUUUUAGGUUUUAUAAUUUCUUGUUUUUCCUUUUUGUUGUAUUCUUAUAAGUGGCACUGGCCAGUGCUUCAUAAUAAACAGUGAAGAGCUUAUUUGUACCUCUAACAUAUUUAUGGCCUCAUGACGAAUUCUGAAGAGGAAUUGAUCGUUGGGGUAACCUGGCUCUUCCCUUUGCUCUCUUCGCGGAAUGAGUGGUUUGCCCGCUCAUUUUUUUCAGAAGAAAACGAUAGGCAACUUAAGAUCCAACGGGAAAGCCCAAUUUAUCUUAGCUGCGGCCUGCAGAUGGUUGUAUGUGUCCUGUGGUUGCUUUGCUUUGCUAUCAUAUUUGUUACCCUUAUCUGGGCCGGUCAUUAUUUUGCAACUGCCCUACAAUUUUAAUUCUUUCGGGUGCAUAGGGAAUGCUGUGAACAGCCAGGUUUUCCUUUCUAGUAUUAGAAUCUCAGUAUAUGUAGAGGAUUGUAAAAUUGUCAAUUGCGCACCAGGGUUGCUAUGCUUUAGUUAGGAACUGAAAUCGGAUUGAUCUAGUUUAAGAUUAAAAUUGGUAUUGAAAUUGGUAAAAUUUGAAAUGAUUUCAAAUUGAUGUUGA